AUGCCGGUAAAGAUGUUUUCGCCCAAGAGGAUCGUUACGCCUCCCUAUGGACGAACAUAUCGUAAAACUUUCAAUGAGCGACUUCGAGCUUUGACAGCAGCCUUUCUGGUUGCAAUCUUGAUUUUCUAUUACACAAUGGACGAAUAUCCUUUUUGUUCAACUUGCGACUUUGCUGUUCGGGACUUGUGGGAGGCGAGAGUAGACGCAGGGAAUGAUACCCUGGGUGUAUGUUUUUCGUGCUAAUAAGACUGUUUCAUACACAGUCUUCCAUAUUUCCGAUAGCUAAUGCGAUUUAGUUUCACAAAAUACUUGCUCUUUCCUACGGGCCAAGCUGGAGAACACGGGGACUUAUUGCAGCAGCAGACUACACCGGUCUUGAUAUUGAAAUACCAAAGCAGACUCACCCUACCCCCGAGUUGGUAGAGGCGUUCCAGAAAAUCCCAUCUGACACUGGGAAACAGCCUUCCAAUGGUUCCGCCUACGCAUGGCUAGCACACCUCGACCUAUUGAAGUACGUGAUAACGAACAAUUUGGAGACCACCUUGAUCGUUGAAGACGACGUGGAUUGGGAUCUCAAUAUCAAAGAACAGAUGAGACUCAUCUCCGAUAAUAUUCGUCGCUUCACAGAAGUCAACUCUACCGAUUCCAGUCCAUAUGGCCAUUCAUGGGACAUCCUCUGGAUCGGGCACUGCGGCGAGCGAACGGAAAUAGACACUCAUAGGAUUGAGUAUGACGAUUCAGCUGUGCUACCCGCAAAAGUCUAUACUGGGUGGUCCAACAAAUUUAUGUUUAACAUUGAUGCUGGGAGAAGAGCAAUCCAAGAAGGUGUCAAUCCAGUUUGUACCUUUGGAUACGCUGUUACUCUUAAAAGUGCAGAGAAAGUUCUUCAGUAUGCCGGCAAGGGCGGGAAUGAAGCCUUUGAUAUUCAACUUUUGCAAGGUUGCCAAGCCAAAGACUUGGAUUGUCUGGUCGUCAACCCUGAAGUCAUGCAUCAUUACAGUAUGCAAAAUUUACUUUUCCCUUAAACAAACCCUCGCUGUAUCUUUCAGUUGGGAGCAAGUCUUUUCCACCACUGUCUCGGGUUGUGAUUCAUGGAUAACCAAUGCUAAUUUGUUCCAGCGCCAUCAAAAGAACUAGGUUAUGCGAGCAGUGUCUACGAAGGCGAUGGGAAGGGAUCCUCGAGCGAAGAAUCUCAAUUCGAAAAUAUUAUUGGAGGCACUGAAAACAUUCUUCGCAGUGCGCGAUGCAGAGUUCUUUUCGGGAGUACCUGCUUGAAAGACCAUAGGGAUUACUGAACAACGCAAACGAGUCGACAACCCCAUACAAUAUCGCUGGGAUUCAAGCAAAGAAAAUACCUGAUACUACAGAGGAUAACCGGACCACGAUGUCUCAGCUGUACGAGAGCACCUGAAUUCACGCGAAGAUACAACGAGAAGUAGCCUCAAUUACUGGGCCAAUGGAGUCGUGAUGGUCGACAUGAUUGGGGUAGGGGGAAGCUGCUUCCCUGAGCCGACUUGUGUUUCUAAAGCUCGAUCAUCUCAAAACACCCGUCACGAUCUGCAGGUGAUCCACAUGAAAACCUAAUGGCUCCUUCCCAUUUUACCGACGCCGGCAUGGCGCCAAUACGAGGAGACGGAAGCUAUGGCACAAGUCCAAAAUUUCGGCGGUGACAAAAUUUUUCUAUCGAAUCUUUCGUUAUAAGAAUAUUCUUUUGUUGUGAAGAAUAUAUGGUGGAUUUGAGGGACCAAUCUCCCGCGCGUGCAAAUCAAGAGCCCAAUCUUCUCAAUCGGAGAGAAGCCACAUCAACCGGUUGUGACUAGUGAAGUGUCUGAGAAAAUUCUGGGCAAUGACUUAGGAACGAAGGAAAAGCACUAGGUUCAGGAAAGGGAGUGAGAUGCCUCGAUGAAGGGUAGAGGGUGUUCAAGGGAAAUCUGUAGAAAUGGG